AAAUGCGGAAGAGUCGCCCGAGAUCGGGAGACCAGGCGUAGGGGAGAGGUCCCGGGAGGCCUGGACCAGAGUCCUAACAGACCAGAGGCGAAACGGGAAGGCGCGCCAGAAAAGGAACAACGCAAAGGGAGCAGGCGUGCACGGAGCGCGAACUAAGGAACCCCUCUGACAACCCCAGUCCCUCGGCAGCUCUAGAGACCGGCUCCUCACGGAGGGUGGCGGUAGAGACUGUUAAGCCCCGCGGGCGCCGGGGCAGGCCGGACUGUGCACAUUCGUGGGGGGUUCCAUGUGGGAGAGAGCCGCCUCACCCAGGGCUGUCCAGCUAGAAACUCCCCGGUGCCACCCCAGUCUCAGUCCGAGGUAGACUCGGCCGGACGUGACGCAACGUGAGGCCAAGGCGGCGUGAGUCUGCGCAGUGUGGGGCUGAGGGAGGCCGGACGGCGCGCGUGCGUGCUGGCGUUCGUUCACUUUCAGCCUGGUGUGGGGCUUGUAAACAUAUAACAUAAAAAUGGCUUCCAAAAGAGCUCUGGUCAUCCUGGCUAAAGGAGCAGAGGAAAUGGAGACGGUCAUCCCUGUAGAUGUCAUGAGGCGAGCUGGGAUUAAGGUCACCGUUGCAGGCCUGGCUGGAAAAGACCCAGUACAGUGUAGCCGUGAUGUGGUCAUUUGUCCUGAUGCCAGUCUUGAAGAUGCAAAAAAAGAGGGACCAUAUGAUGUGGUGGUUCUACCAGGAGGUAAUCUGGGUGCACAGAAUUUAUCUGAGUCUGCUGCUGUGAAGGAGAUACUGAAGGAGCAGGAAAACCGGAAGGGCCUGAUAGCCGCCAUCUGUGCAGGUCCUACUGCUCUGUUGGCUCAUGAAAUAGGUUUUGGAAGUAAAGUUACAACACACCCUCUUGCUAGAGACAAAAUGAUGAAUGGAGGUCAUUACACCUACUCUGAGAAUCGUGUGGAAAAAGACGGCCUGAUUCUUACAAGCCGGGGGCCUGGGACCAGCUUCGAGUUUGCGCUUGCAAUUGUUGAAGCCCUGAACGGCAAGGAGGUGGCGGCUCAAGUGAAGGCUCCACUUGUUCUUAAAGACUAGAGCAGCGAACUGCGACGAUCACUUAGAGAAACAGGCCGUUAGGAAUCCAUUCUCACUGUGUUCGCUCUAAACAAAACAGUGGUAGGUUAAUGUGUUCAGAAGUCGCUGUCCUUACUGCUUUUGCGGAAGUAUAGAAGUCACAGCUACACAGAGAUUUCUCAGCCUACAAAUUGUGUCUAUACAUUUCUAAGCCUUGUUUGCAGAAUAAACAGGGCAUUUAGCAAACUA